AAAUGAGUUCUUUAUCAUGCUUGUUGUUUGCAUGAGGACUUGAGUUAAAAAUAAAAAUAGUAUUGUUUCUAACUAUUACUAAAAGUUAAAAUUACAAGCUUUAAAAAUGCCUAAAGAGAAAAAAACACGCAGUCAUGAAGUUGCAAAACAGGGAAUUGUUUUCAACAAGAACUUCGGCCAGCACAUUCUCAAGAAUCCGCUGAUCAUAACCGAUAUGGUUGAGAAAACUGGACUAAGAUCAACCGAUAUAGCCCUCGAAAUCGGUCCUGGAACAGGAAACAUGACUGUCAAGGUUUUGGAGAAAGUGAAAAAAGUCGUAGCAUGUGAAAUCGAUAGCAGGCUUGCGGCCGAAUUACUAAAAAGAGUCCAGAGUACUCCCCUUCAAGCUAAGCUCAAAAUCUUGAUUGGUGAUUGUUUGAAAACAGAAUUGCCAUACUUUGAUGUUUGUAUAGCUAACGUUCCAUAUCAAAUCAGUUCGCCACUUGUUUUCAAAUUAUUACUCCAUCGUCCCAUCUUCCGCUGUGCAGUGCUUAUGUUCCAGAAAGAAUUUGCACAAAGAUUAGUGGCAAAACCAGGGGACAAGCUGUAUUGCCGCUUGAGUAUUAAUACUCAGCUUUUGGCAAAAGUUGAUAUGUUGAUGAAUGUUGGCAAGAAUAACUUCCGCCCUCCUCCCAAAGUCGAAUCUUGUGUUGUGCGAAUCGAACCAAAGAAUCCUCCACCUGCUAUAAAUUUCUCGGAAUGGGAUGGCUUGACAAGAAUAGUUUUUACGAGAAAGAACAAAACUUUGUCUGCCAUAUUCAAACAAGAUUCUGUGAUUGAGGUUCUGAAGAAUAACCACAAACUUUACUGCUCCUUGAGAAAUAUUGACCCUACCGAGACCAAUACUGCGGAAAUGGUGGCUUCAAUUUUGAACAAACUGGAAAUGGAAACUACACGUGCGAGGACAAUGGAUAUUGACGAUUUUAUGAAACUCCUGCUUGCGUUUAACUCGGAAGGCCUUCAUUUUGCGUAGCGCACUGUCGACGAAAAUCCCUUACCUUUUAUCACCUUUAUUAUUCAAUAAAAAA